CUUCCUUCAACUCUGACUUAAUAACCUGUUCCUUAGCGCUCACAAACGAACCCGACAGCUACGAUCUCCACGCCGUGCGCGAGCGAGCCGCCGUGCGCUAUAGAUUCCUUCAGCCUGCUUCAAGGCCUCAAGUCCGUAUUCCACCGCUCGCACAUAUAGACACAUACACGGCUCGAUGCGACUGUUAUACACCUCAAGCGACGGGAGGCUCAGCUCGACCGAGGACUUGAUCAGCGGCAAAAUCCCUCCCUAUGCGAUCCUAUCGCACACCUGGCAGGAGGGGCAGGAGGUGACCUUCGACGAUCUGAAGAAUCUCGACAAUGUGGAAGACAUUAAUGCGCAAAACAAGGAGGGAUAUCAGAAGCUUCGCUUCUGCGCACAGCAGGCAAAGCGUAACGGUCUGGACUACUUCUGGGUAGACACCUGCUGCAUCGACAAGUCAAACAGCUCAGAGCUUCAAGAAGCGAUCAACACUAUGUUCCGUUGGUAUCAGAACGCAGAGAGGUGUUACGUCUACCUUUCAGACGUCAAUAACAACAUUAAAGAUGGGGAUGGUGAGUCAGCUCUCAAGCAGAGCAGAUGGUUUACCCGAGGCUGGACACUCCAGGAACUUCUUGCUCCUAAAUCGGUCGAGUUCUUCUCUAAAGAGGGAGCGCGGCUAGGGGACAAGGAGUCGCUUAAGCACACCAUUCACAAGAUCACAGGAAUACCCAUCGAUGCUUUGCCAGGGUGGCGAUUGUCUGAGUUUAGCGUAGCUGAGCGUUUCUCUUGGACAGAAAAUCGCCGGACGACACGCGAAGAGGAUGGAGCGUAUUGUCUGUUAGGCAUAUUCGGCUGUCAUCUACCGCUGAUCUAUGGCGAAGGCAAAGAGAAGGCACUAAAACGGCUAAUGAAAGAGAUACGGGAGUCUUCCGAAGACAUUGCGAGUGCUCCUGUGAAUAGCACCGAGACUUACAGCCAAAGCCAAGAAGAGAGGCUUAGCAAGUUUUGCAAAUGGCUCUCUGCGCCAGAUCCAUCCACAAACUACUACAAAGCGCACAAGCAGCGGCAGGCUGAGACUGGACUUUGGCUGCUGGAAAGCGCAAAGUUCACGGAAUGGAAGGGAAGUCCAGCAUCGCGGCUCUGGUUGUACGGCAUUCCAGGAUGUGGAAAGACUAUCUUGAGCUCUACCAUCAUCGAGACUCUGCUGCAGCACUGCCACGAGAACACUGAUAUGGUGACGGCGUACUUCUACUUCGAUUUCAACAAUACACAGAAACAAGAUCCAGAGCUGAUGCUCCGCUCAUUGCUCUGCCAGCUCCUGCAGCGUUCCGUUUUGAUACCCAGAAGCCUUGACGUGUUGUUCUCUUCUUGCGAGAACGGACAACGAGAACUGUCACUGCAUGCACUUCUAGAGGUAACACAGCAGGUAAUGCAAGAGUUUACGCAGGUCUAUAUUGUUCUUGAUGCUCUCGACGAAUGUACGCAACGCUCAGAAUUGCUGGACGUGCUUGAGAUAGUGGCUGGAUGGCAGCUUCAUAACUUGCAUCUGCUUAUGACCAGCCGGAAAGAGCGGGAUAUCGAGAGCUCCUUAGAAAGUUAUGUAGAUAAAGAGGAUACCGUCUGUCUUCAGAGCGACGUAGUGGACAAGGACAUACAGCGAUACGUUCAACAAAGGCUGUCUGACGACAAGAGCCUAGUCAAAUGGCAGAGGGACGCUGCUAUCAGGCAAGAGAUCGAGGCUGCACUGAUGUGUGGAGCUCGUGGAAUCAUAGGUUCCGAUGGGCUGCAUGUCAACUUGACACAUUAGGUAAUUGUCGCAAUCGAGCGAUGCUACGCAAGUCCCUCGCCACUUUGCCGCCAACGCUGGACCA